AAAAAAAAACCAACUCAGCACUCUCUCCUUCUGUCCAGGGCCAACUAGAGUUAUCAUCAACAACUCAACGUCAUCGUCUUCUCCAAUCUCACCUUGUCCAAACCGUUAGUCACUCUAACAGUCUUUGGCUCUCUCAAUCAAACCAUUCCCAAUUUGAUUUGAAAUGCUUCUCCAAACUCAAUCUCUAGCUACCCGCUUUGCUCCAUCACUCCCUCCCUCAAAACCCAUAUCCAAAACCCAAUUCACUCCUCCAAUUCAGUUCCCAUUUCCGUUUCGCCAAUCUCCUUCCCGCACUCCAAAAUGCUCUCUUUCAUUGGUAUCAGAGCCGACCCAUUUGGAACUCAGCCCCAAUAAGCCAUUCCCAGCUGAAGUUUCAAGGACAAUCAUGGAGUUGGCCUCUCUGGGCACACUUUCCACCUUGAACCAAGAAGGUUGGCCUUUGGGUAUCGGGGUUCGCUUCGCUGUUGACCCAGAAGGGACUCCAGUUUUGUGCUUGAAUGCCUCCAAUAGACAGUUCUCUUUUGACAGGAGGUCUAGUCUCCAUGUUCAGUUAGAGCAAUGUGGAUUGAGGACUCCUCAGUGUACAAUUCAAGGCAACCUUAACAAACCAGAAGACAGGAUGGUUUUGAAGCAACUGCAUUCAUUAUGGAAAAAGAGAUUUGGAGAAGAAGUUGAUGAAGACCUCAUAUAUGUUGUUGCUGUGGAACGGGUACUUCAGUUAGAAGACUUCAAGGAGGAUGGUGUAUGGGUCACUUCAUUAGAUUAUAAAAACGCCUACCCUGAUCCUCUUCGCGACUUUGCAGAAAAGCUAGUGAAUGAGAUAAACACCAACAACAUGGAAGAUGUUAAUCGCUUUUGCAACAUAUACGUUGAUUUGGACUUCCAGGUAUCAGAGGCAAAGCUGAUCUGGGUUGAUCGGUUAGGCUUUGAUAUGCGUCUCUUCUCUCCUCAGAAAGGUGUAUUUGAGGUCCGCAUACCGUUUCCAAGAGAAGUGACGGAUGAGAAAGGUGCAAAGUCAACAUUUAAUUGUAUGUCACAACAAGCUUGGGAGGUGGAAAAAAAUUUCCAUGCCCCUGAUUUUCAGAAAGUGAAACAAUUGAAGCAAAUUGCAUAGAGGAGAUUCCCCCCACUCUUCCAAGAAAAAAACUAAACAUAGAAGAGAGUAACAACUGCUUUACUUCCCUCUCUCUUUCUCUCUCUGCACAGAAAAGACAUAUUGGAUUGGUUGAGUGUGUUAUCUUGCAUGGAUAUGGUGGCCAACCAAAAUUGAACUUCUAAUCAUGUUAAGGCUUCUACAUUGACUUAUACCCUAGUUUUAUCAAUGUUUUCCAUGAUUGAUUGGUAGUAAGCAAGUUGUACCUUACCAGUAUUAACUUUCGUCUAAAUCAAAAAUCUAAUGCAAUUUUUUUUUUUCCUUUCCA